UAACAACCGCUUUCCUUUCAGGACGCCAACAUCCCGUUCCCCCGGACCUCCGGAGCCCGGUUCUGUGGUACCGGCUGCCUGGUCUACUUCACCCGACCGAUCACCAUGCACCGCUCGGCCCCGCCCACAGAGCCCACACCCAGGUCCCUGUCGGCGCUGUCCGCCUACCACAGCGGGGUUCUGACCCCGAUGAAGAUGCGCUCCGAGUCCCAGAACACGCUGCGGCUCUACAGCGGCAGCCCGACCCGGUCCGACAAGGACACUGUCUCCAUCUCCUCCUUCUACUACAAGGAGCGGAAGCUUCCCAUGUCCGCCUCCCGCCGCUGGUCUGUCCAAACCCUCCAUGAUUGGCCGAAAUCGCGGCGCUUCAAGACGAAGCGGGAAGGAGCAGAGUACAGCAGCCGACCCAUCAAGCUGGCCGGGAAGGUCAUCAUCCAGGAGAUCUCCUGCCUGCUGCCUGUGCACAAGGCUCUGGGAGAGAGCUACAUUCUGAAUAUGAACGACAUUCAGGAAAUGUGUCAGAAGAACGCAGCAGCAGCACUCGCAGUGGGACGCAGAGACCUGGCCAAGGUUUGGGCUCUGGCGUCUGCUGCCACAAGUCAGGACCUGAGUCCAGACUCUGACCCGGACACAGAGACGCCCUGGGCCAGACACCCGUUUGGGCGCCACCUGCUGGAGACGCUUUUGGAUCACUACAGUCAGAUGAGCGACGUCCAGACUCUGGCCAUGCUCUGCAGCGUGUUCAGGACUCAGGCUCCGCCCCCUGACUGCUGCUCGCUGUACGGACACCACGGCUCCCGCCUCCACUCCCGAUACCCCAGCUACACCUCCAGCUCCGUCACGUCCGGCUCCUGUUCCAGCACCUCCGACUCCAUCGCAGCGACCUGGACCACAGUCAGAGACCCCGAGCAUAGCGCUCCCUGGGGGGAGUCUUCUCCUGACGAAUAUCGCUAUGGCAACCAGAGCUACACGGACCCUCGGGAGCGAGAGCGGGAGCUGCACGACAUGAACAAGAGGCUGCUGGACCCGGCCAACACGCUGCAGUUCGACGACUUCAAGAAGAGCUACGGUGAAAUCCUGUACCGCUGGGGUCUGGGCGACAAGCGGGCCGACGUCCUCAAGUUCACGGCCGGCCCGCCAGAACCGCACAAAGGAAUCGAGUUCGGGCUGUACUGCUGCCACUGCCGCAGCCAGGCGCGCGGGACGCAGUGCGCCGUGUGCAAGCGGCUGACCUUCCAGUGCGCCGUGUGCCAUGUCGCCGUGCGCGGUUCCUCCAACUUCUGCCUGAGCUGCGGCCACGGCGGCCAUACUGGACACAUGAUGGACUGGUUCCGGCGCCAGGACGAGUGUCCGGCCGGCUGUGGCUGCCGCUGCCUGCUGCAGAGCACCUUCUGACACCGCCGCUGCUCAAUAAAACCCAUGAAUAUCUCA